AUGCUGCCGGGCCCCGAGGCGGACCGCGAGGACGCGGAGCUGCGGUGUCGCGUGGCCGUGGAGGAGCUGAGCCCGGGCGGGCAGCCGCGGAGGCGCCGGGCGCUGCGCUCGGCCCGGCUGAGCCUGGGGCGCAACGAGCGGCGCGAGCUGCUGCUGCGGCUGCAGGCGCCUCCCGGGCCCCCGCGCUGCUUCCCGCUGCGCGCCGCCCGCCUCUUCACGCGCUUCGCGGCCGCGGGGCGCAGCACCGUGCGGGUCCCCGGCCCCGGCGGGCCGCCCCAGGGCGCGGUGCAGCUGCUGCUCUCCGACUGCCCCCCGGAGCGUCUGCGCCGCUUCCUGCGCACGCUGCGCCUCAAGCUGGCCACGGCUCCCGGGCCCGGGCCCGGCUCCACCCGCGCCCAGCUGCUGGGCCCGCGGCCCCGAGACUUCAUCACCAUCAGCCCGGUGCAAGCCGACGAGCUGCGGCGAGCGGCGGCCACCCGGGGUUCGGAGUCCUCCUCGACCCGGGGGAAAGGGACCCCCGAGCCCCCCGCAAGAUCGGACCCCAGCACUGAAGCCCCCAAGUGGCCCCUACCUGUGAAAAAACUGAACCUGCCACCCAGCAAACCUCGGCUUUCAGUGGAACAAGCUGCUGUGUUGAGGGCUGUCCUGCAAGGCCAAAGUGUCUUCUUCACUGGGAGUGCAGGCACAGGCAAGUCAUACCUGCUGAAGCGCAUCCUGGGCUCGCUGCCCCCCACAGGCACCGUGGCCACUGCCAGCACCGGGGUGGCAGCCUGCCACAUCGGGGGCACCACCCUCCAUGCUUUUGCAGGCAUCGGCUCAGGCCAAGCACCACUGGCACAGUGUGUGGCUCUGGCCCAGCGUCCAGGGGUGCGGCAGGCCUGGCUGAGUUGCCAGCGACUGGUCAUCGAUGAAAUCUCCAUGGUAGAAGCUGAGCUGUUUGACAAGUUGGAGGCCGUGGCCAGGAUGGUCCGACAGCAGGAUAAGCCCUUUGGGGGGAUUCAGCUCAUCAUUUGUGGGGACUUUCUGCAGCUGCCACCUGUAACCAAAGGAACCCAGCCUCCCCAGUUCUGUUUUCAGGCCAAAAGCUGGAGGAAAUGUGUCCCAGUGACCAUGGAACUGACUGAGGUGUGGAGGCAGGCGGACCAGACCUUCAUCUCUCUCCUCCAGGCCGUGAGGCUGGGCAGGUGCUCAGAGGAGGUGACACGCCAGCUCCGGGCCACUGAGGCUCACAAGGUGGGGUGUGAUGGAAUCGUGGCCACAAGGCUUUGCACGCACCAGGAUGAUGUGGCCCUCACCAAUGAGAAGCAGCUUCGGGAGCUACCUGGUGAGCUGCACUGCUUCGAGGCCAUGGACAGUGCCCCAGAGCACACCCGCACCCUGGACGCCCAGUGUCCCGCCAGCCGGCUACUCCAGCUAAAGAAGGGGGCCCAGGUGAUGCUCCUAAAGAACUUAGCAGUGUCUCGUGGCCUGGUGAAUGGGGCUCGUGGCGUGGUGGUGGGCUUUGAGCCUCAGGGCAGAGGGCUGCCCCAAGUACGGUUCCUGUGUGGUAUCACCGAGGUUAUCCGCACCGAGUGCUGGACGGUGCAGAAUCCUGCGGGUCAGCGACUUCGCCGGCAGCAGUUGCCGCUCCAGCUAGCCUGGGCCAUUUCCAUCCACAAGAGUCAGGGCAUGUCCCUGGACUGCGUGGAGAUCUCACUGGCCCGGGUGUUCACCAGCGGCCAGGCCUACGUGGCCCUCUCUCGGGCCCGCAAUCUGCAGGGCUUGCGGGUGCUGGACUUCAACCCCAUGGUGGUUCGCUGUGACCCCCGGGUGCUGCAUUUCUAUGCUACGCUGCGGCAUGCCAGGGGCCUGAGCCUGGAGUCCCCAAAUGAUGAUGAGGAAACAUCUGACCAAGAGAAUGUGGACCCAAACCUCUGA